GGGAUCGGCAACGCCGAGCGCGGCGACGGCGGGGUAGGGUGUGGGUGAGGCCGGGGAGCCAAUGAAUGCGCCGUCGCGCGUCGCCCGCAGGGUCGAGGGAAAAAAAACCAUGGGGUUAUUUUUAUAGUGGCAGCGCACCUCUUCAAAUCCAGCAAAAUUCGAUUCACUCGAAUCCCGGCUGCUUUCUCCCUCGUCGCGAAAAGCCGCAAGCCAACAAAAACACAUCAAAGCAGCGGCGGGAGAGCAUAGAAGAGAGAGAGAGGAUUGGCGGAAAAAAAAAGCGAGGAGGCAUCCUCCUGAGUCCUGACCUCCUCUCUCUCUCUCUCUCUUCUCUGUCAAAAGGAUUCUCGCGAAGGAGCAGGAGUGGUCGGUGGCCUGCGGCGCAGACCGCAGAGCAUGUGAGAGCUGCGGCGGCUGGGGGGUGGAGCCUGGGAUGGGCGUGGGAGGAGGCGGAGGGCAGGCCGCGGUGUCGGCGCCGGCGCCGGUGCCGGCGGAGGAGGCGGGGAAGGAUGCGGAGGAGGGCGGCGGGUGGACCGUGAAGGCGAAGCUGAUCGCCGCGGCGGUGCUGGUGUGGGUGCUGGGCUCCGCGGCGCUCUGGGUGUUCCUGCACUCCUACUUCCGCCACGCGGCGCUGCGCAAGGCGGAGGAGGCGCUCGUCAGCAUGUGCGAGGAGCGCGCGCGCAUGCUGCAGGACCAGUUCGCCGUCUCCGUCAACCACGUCCACGCCCUCGCCAUCCUCGUCGCCACCUUCCACUACGAGAAGCACCCGCCCGCGCUCGACCAGAACACGUUCGCGGACUACACCGCCAGGACGUCGUUCGAGCGGCCGCUGCUGAGCGGGGUGGCGUACGCGCAGCGGGUGGUGCACGCCGACAGGGAGGGCUUCGAGCGCCACCAGGGGUGGAUCAUCAAGACCAUGAAGCACGAGCCGUCCCCGGCGCAGGACGAGUACGCGCCCGUUGUAUACUCGCAGGAGACCGUCUCCUACAUCGAGGGGCUCGACAUGAUGUCCGGCGAGGAGGACCGUGAGAACAUUCUGAGGUCAAGAGCAUCGGGGAAGGCAGUUCUCACUCGACCAUUCCGGCUCAUGUCGAAUCACCUGGGUGUCGUAUUGACUUUUCCUGUCUAUCAUGCGGAUCUUCCUUCUGAUGCCAAGGAGGAGGAUCGUGUUGCUGCCACCGCAGGAUACCUUGGGGGAGCAUUUGAUGUAGAAUCAUUAGUGGAAAAUUUGUUGAGGCAGCUAGCUGGCAAUCAGGAAUUGGUGGUAAAUGUUUAUGAUGUCACAAACAUUUCGAACCCUCUUGUCAUGUAUGGAUCAGAAGUUCCUCUUGGCAACCCCUCACCAUCGCACAUCUGCAUGCUAGAUUUUGGUGAUCCAUUCAGAAAGCAUCAUAUGGUUUGCAGAUACAGAAACAAGCCUCAUGUCCCAUGGUCUGCAAUUUCUACCCCAUCUGGUGUCUUUGUCAUAUGUAUGCUUGUGGGGUACAUCGCGGGUGCCGCUUGGAGUCGUUAUGAUAAUGUUAAGGAAGAUUGCCGGAAAAUGGAGGAGCUGAAAAAACAGGCGGAAGCAGCCGAUGUUGCUAAAUCUCAGUUCCUUGCAACUGUUUCUCAUGAGAUCAGAACGCCCAUGAAUGGAGUUCUAGGAAUGCUUGAUAUGCUGUUAGACACUGACCUAACCUCAACUCAGAGGGAUUUUGCACAAACCGCUCAAGUCUGUGGAAAGGCUUUAAUAUCGCUAAUCAAUGAAGUGCUUGACAGAGCGAAAAUUGAAGCCAGAAAGUUGGAUCUUGAAUCUGUACCAUUUGAUCUGAGAUCCAUCCUUGAUGAUGUCAUCUCAUUAUUUUCUUCAAAGUCAAGAGAGAAGGGAAUUGAGCUUGAUGUAUAUGUCUCUGAAAGAGUUCCCGAAAUCUUGUUGGGUGAUCCUGGAAGGUUUCGACAGAUAAUUACAAAUUUAGUGGGCAACUCAAUUAAGUUCACAGAACGGGGACAUAUUUUUGUACAAGUUCAUCUGGCAGAUCAUUCAAAUCUUGCAACAGAAUCCAAAGUUGAGCCGGUGGCUAAUGGGAUGAAUGGACAUACAGAUGAGAAAACUGCUGUAGCAACCAGUGUUUCUCUCAACACACUAAGUGGUUUUGAAGCUGCUGAUAGCCGAAAUAGUUGGGAAAACUUCAAGCUUUUGCUUUCUUAUGAGAAAAAUGAGAUGCCCUAUGAAAGUGUAUCUGAUAAAGUUACUCUUGUAGUAAGUGUGGAAGAUACAGGAAUAGGUAUACCAUUGGAUGCACAAGCCAAGGUGUUCACACCUUUCAUGCAGGCUGAUAGUUCGACUUCCAGGACAUAUGGUGGUACUGGAAUUGGAUUGAGCAUCAGCAAAUGUCUUGUUGAACUAAUGGGUGGUCAGAUAAACUUUGUCAGCCGACCACAUGUUGGGAGUACGUUCACAUUUACUGCGGUUCUCAAAAGAUGUGACAGAAGCGCUAUUGGUGACAGUAAGCCUGUUAUGUUGCAUCCUCUUCCAUCCAGUUUCAAAGGUUUAUCUGCACUAUUGGUUGAUAGAAGACCAGUAAGAGCUACUGUAACUAAGUAUCACUUGCAAAGGCUGGGAAUUGCCUGUGAUGUUGUUGCAACCAUUGAACUGGCUCUUGGUGUGCUGUCCGGGAGAAAUGGCAGUUCCCUAACCAGUAUGAAGCAACCAUGCAUGUUAUUGAUCGAGAGUGAUUCAUGGGGCUUCAAUAUUGAUGUUUCUUUACGAUCUAGACUCCUGGAGAUGAAGCAGAAUGGUCACACACAUGUAUUACCCAAAAUCAUCCUUCUUGCAGCUGCAGAAUCGGGCAAACUCAAAGAACACUAUGCAGUUGAUUCUGUGAUCACGAAACCCCUGAAAGCAAGCGCACUUGCCGCUUGUCUGUUCCAAACACUUGGCAUCAAACAGUCAAGCAACGAGAGAAGUGACAACUCAGGUUCUCUUUACGGGUUGCUUCUUGGCAAGAACAUAUUGGUGGUUGAUGACAACAAGGUAAAUCUUAGAGUGGCUGCUGGCACGUUAAAGAAAUUUGGAGCAAAGGUGGAGUGCGUGGAGAGUGGAAAAGAUGCCCUCGCCCUCCUACAGGUCCCAUAUAAGUUUCAUCUUUGUCUCAUGGACAUUCAGAUGCCCGAAAUGGAUGGGUUUGAGGCUACCAAGCAAAUAAGGGCAAUGGAAGCGAAGGCAAAUGAGCAGGCAGUCGCCUGUGACAAUUCAGAAAUAGAUGGUGCGACAAGGGCAGCAAGAUGGCGCCUGCCUGUUCUUGCAAUGACCGCCGAUGUCAUCCAGGCCACCCAUGAAGAGUGCACGAAGUGCGGUAUGGAUGGGUACGUCACAAAGCCCUUCGAGGAGAAGCAGCUCUUCCAGGCGUUGCAGAAGUUCUUGGACCCCGGCAUGUCCUGCUAACGCCGAAGUGAUGCGUUGGAGCGCGGGCUGCUCGUCGAUCAUGCCAGCGGGGAACAGCAGGCAGACAAGGCAGCACGCACCACGGGCCUUCGCUGGUCUGCCUGCCUGUGCAGGCGUCGUGUAAAUGUAUUGUAUUUGCAGGGAUACUGUUUACAGCGCUAGUAUGCCCCGUGCCACAAUGUCCGAGCUACCUGUGGCUGAUGCACGUUGCGCAUAGGUGGUUUUUUUUGUACAGCUUCCACCAUUUUUGUGCUCCAGAUCAGACCACCGAAGGAGGCAAGCAUGCUCGCUGGUGCAGUGCAGCACUGGAAGGAAAACCUGACUUCCUGAGAGUAGAUUUUUGCUGUUUAAUUGCAUUGGGAUUUAUGAUGUAUUAUAAUCAGAUAAAUGUGUGAUGUAAGCUGGCGUAAUUGGCCCAAUGCAUUUCCAUUGUUAUGGAUGAGUUGAAAUGGCAUUGGUUAGACACUUAGACUACACUAUUGGGUGUAUGCCCUUCCACAGUUCCAUUUUCCCUGCAAAAUAUCAAAAUGUGCAAAGGGAUAGUGGAAUCAUGGCUUGAAUUAUAUGAAUUUUCUUUGGUGUUU